AUGAGCGCUCCGCAAGGGCAAAUCGAGCUCUCACACGCCUUCGAAAGACUUCUCGAAGAACGUCUGGAAGCCGAACGUCUUCGUCGCGAUCUAAUUUUCUACUGGCACACUCUCAUUCUCGAGCAGAUAAUUGUGGUGAAACGCCUUUUUCAAGCGAAGAAAACUAUUGUACCGGGAACUGGAACGCCUGAUACGUUGACUGACGUAUCUGGAUUGGAGAGAUUGCCGAGUCCGUUGAGUCCGGUGGUUAGCGCUAGGAAAACGAACUUGAGGGCGGAAUUUGGGACAGAGAGAAUUUCGAGGAGACUGGAGGGUUUGUUGAAGAAGUAUCAGGGGGUUAUUGGUGUGAACUUCUUGAAAGGAAAAGAAUAA